GCCCAUAUGACACCCCCCCCACACACAUAUUUUGUCUCUCAGGUGACAAUUCUGUUCGCUGAUCUCCAUGCCUACCUAGACAACAUGAAGGCUCCGUGGGAACUUUUGGAAUUGCGUACUCAGUAUUACGAGGGGGUCAUUAAGGCAAUGCUGGAGAGCAUCGGUGUGCCUCUGGAGAAGCUCCAGUUCAUCCGAGGGACUGACUUCCAGCUCAGCAAGGAAUACACUCUCGAUGUCUAUCGACUGUCGUCUGUGGUUACCCAGCAUGAUGCCAAGAAAGCUGGCGCAGAAGUGGUGAAACAAGUGGAACAUCCUCUCCUCAGUGGUCUUCUCUACCCUGGGCUGCAGGCAUUGGAUGAAGAAUACCUGAAAGUUGACGCACAGUUUGGAGGAGUGGAUCAGAGAAAAAUUUUCACUUUUGCAGAAAAGUACCUCCCAUCCUUGGGCUACACGAAACGCAUCCACCUGAUGAACCCCAUGGUGCCUGGAUUGACGGGCAGCAAAAUGAGCUCUUCGGAAGAGGAGUCCAAGAUUGAUCUCUUGGAUCGAAAAGAGGACGUGAAAAAGAAGCUUAAGAAGGCUUUUUGUGAGCCAGGGAAUGUGGAGAACAACGGGGUCUUGUCCUUCAUCAAGCAUGUGCUCUUCCCCCUCAGAUCAGAGUUUGUGAUCCUUAGAGAUGAGAAGUGGGGAGGCAAUAAAACUUACACAAGCUAUGGGGAUCUGGAGAAGGACUUUGCUCAGCAGGUUGUCCAUCCGGGAGACUUGAAGAACUCCAUAGAGGUGGCCUUGAAUAAGCUCCUGGAUCCUAUCAGAGAGAAGUUCAGCAGCUCACAAAUGAAGAAACUUGCCAGCCGCGCAUAUCCUGAUCCCUCCACAGCAAAAUCUGCUAUGAAAGGCUGCACAAAGAACUCUGACUCCGAGGAAGUUGUCCCGUCCCGAGUGGAUCUCCGGGUUGGCAAAGUGCUCAGUGUGGAAAAGCAUCCCGAUGCCGAUGCUCUGUACGUGGAGAAAAUUGACGUGGGGGAGGCCGAACCUCGAACAGUGGUCAGUGGUCUGGUGGCAUUUGUGCCCAAGGAAGAGCUGCAGGAUAGGCUGGUGGUCCUGGUGUGCAAUAUGAAGCCCCAGAAGAUGCGGGGAGUGGAGUCCCAGGCCAUGCUGCUCUGCGCUUUCAGCUCUGGAGAUCCCUGCCAAGUAGAACCCUUGGACCCCCCAGCAGGCUCCUGUCCUGGAGAACGAGUGUUUGUAGAAGGCUUUGAGAAUGGCCAACCGGAUGAUGAGCUGAAGCCCAAGAAGAAAGUAUUUGAGAAGUUGCAGAUGCACUUGACCCAAGAAAUCAUGAACUGGCUGGGCCUCCAGGCCUCCGUCCAAUGGGGAAGGAAGACCGCUUCCAGCAGGGACGGGCCCCCGCGGUUCCUUCUCUCCCAACGUGACCGAGGUCCCUCUGUUGCAGGAGAAGGAGGCAGUUGCUUCCGUUCACUGACUGGUGACGGUGACCAAAGCUGCUUCUGUCAAAUCCAGCAGGAGACCCCCAACCUCCCCUCAAGACGGAUCUUCCCUCUGCAGGGAGCUGCUUCCCCCAGACGGCUGCAGCAGCUUUCCGUUCGGCCGACAGGGGAGGCCUUUUUUCUCCUCCUCCUCUGCUGCUUCUGUUGAGUUCAAAUCCGGGCUAGGGAAGGAGAGCUCCCUCGGAGGAGCAGACCAGUUGGGCCUGUCAUGAAACAUUUGUCAUCUUUGCCUCCAAAUACAGUGCUCCCUUUUCAGGUGAACUGGUCGUGCCUUGGCUUGUUCUAUAAAUGCGGUUGCCAGACUUGGGCACCCCCAGCUGUAAGUGAUCAGUGGUGCUCCAGAAAUUAAAACUUGAUUGGUUUCUGGGCAAAAGACAGAAAAGGGUUUUGUUUCCUCUAGAAUGUUUGCUCAAACUGUAUUUAGAAAACAAUUUUGUUAGGCCACACAAGGUCAAAUCCAGAAAUAAGAUGCAAGCAGUUUGCAGAAAAAGGCAGGCCAAAGGCCUGAAUAUUUGGGACCAGUGAUACCUAAAGCAUUUGAAUAACGGUAGUCCUCAACUUACGACUCUUAAUAGGACCUGCCCGUUACCAUUUGCAAACCAUGACAGUUGUAACCCGGUUACCUUUUUUUUUGCACCAGACACAACACGUAGCAAUAAAUGUGGGCUAAUUGCCAGGUCUCUCAAAUGCAGUCACAUGACCAUGGGGGAGGAGGGCUGUUGGAAUUAGAUGGUAAGUACUUGGGGAGAGGGGGGAAUCUGUAGUAGCUUUGAAUGACCAUUAAGCGGCUGGUCAUAAGUCGAGGACUACCUGUAGCUUGGUAUGUGCCUCCCUUUUUGUGAAAAGAAAGGCUACCCACUGCUGGGAAGGUGACUAAGACAGGGAAGGAAGUUGAAGCCAUAAGAGUGGGGAGUUUAUGCCCACCUGUUCGCCUCGCUGCUGUUUUCUGCCUGUGGCAGCCGGCCUUGCUCUCAGCCCUCACCUGUUUGAUCCACUUCAUAAGCCACUUUACUGGCUCACUUUUUUAUACCCACCAGCAAGUAAAUGCUCUCGCACUCAUAACAUCUGUAAAAAGGUGUUGGGCCCUCCCUGCCUACUCACCCUGAGAGAAAGGCUGUCAUUUCAGGGAGGAGGAGGAGGGGCCGCAGCAAACUGCAGUCUCUGCC